GUGUGUAACUUGUGUUUUUGUGUCAGGUGUUUGGGGUUGAUUGGGUAUCUUCAGUGAUAAAAAAAGAUAAAAGACUGGGACAUGUCUUCUGUAUGACACCAGUUUUUGGUUUUCUUAAUCUUCAUUCUGUAAUUCAAAAAUGACGGAUGAUCACGCGCUAGUAUUUAGUGAUGAUGAAGAUGAUUCCGACAAUGGAUAUAACCACCCCGAAAUGCAAGGUGUCCUUAGCAAAUGGACCAACUACAUUCAUGGAUGGCAAAGCAGAUUUAUCGUUUUGAAGGAUGGCACGCUCUCAUACUACAAAUCAGAACAAGAUACAGGCUUCGGAUGUCGAGGGGCUAUUAGCAUUUACAAGGCGACAGUUAAGCCGCAUGAAUUUGAUGAAUGCAGAUUUGAUGUUUCCGUUAAUGACUGUGUGUGGUAUCUGAGAGCUGACAACCCCGAAGAAAAACAACAAUGGGUUGAAGUUCUGGAAGCGCACAAGGCUGAAUCCGGUUAUGGCAGUGAGAACAACUUGAAACGUCACGGUAGUGCCGUAUCGCUGACUUCAAACACUUUAUCAACAGCUUCUACAUCAAGUUUCAAGAAGGGUAGAGGUUUGAAGGAAAAAGUUGCCGAAAUAGAAACUUUUCGAGACAUACUCUGUCAGCAAAUUGAUACUCUUCAACAAUACUUUGAUGCUUGUGCCGAAACAACUCCAUCACUCCGUGGUGCAUCCGGAGAACUUCAAGUCGCAGACUUCAAAGGGGAAGCAUUAACUUUCAAGGCCACAGCUGCAGGAGUGAUAGCAACCCUGCAGCACUGUGUGGAAUUGGUUGGACAGCGCGAAGAAGUGUGGAGGCGUAGGAUGGAACGUGAAGUGGAGAAGAGGCGGAAGGCGGAAGAGCAGGCACGCACUGCUGCAUCCCGCCGUCUCAUCAUACAUAGCAGCCCAGAUUAUGAGGAAGGACCUCACAGUGCUCUAAAUGAUGAAGAAUUUUAUGACGCAGUUGAAACUGGAUUGGACAGGUUGGAGGAGGAGGACGAGUUCAGGGAACGACUCAAAAACAAGAGUAGCAUGAAGCCUCUCUUGUCUAAAGCCUCACAACACCCACUGUGGCCUGAAAUAGAUAGGAUAACCGUGGAGCAGUUGCAUUAUGCAAGACUCGGUGUGGGUGAGGGAGGCUGGCAGUUGUUUGCUGAAGAUGGGGAGAUGAAGAUGUACAAGCGAGAGGAAGAGGUCGAUGGACUGGUGGUGGACCCACUGAAAGCUUGCCAUGUGGUGAAAGGAGUCACGGGGCACGAGAUGUGCCAUUACUUCUUCUCACCAGACUACCGCAUGGACUGGGAAAGCACUAUUGAGCAGAUGACAGUGCUCGAGAAAGUUUCCGAGGACACGCUGAUAUUCCUACAGGUUCACAAACGUAUAUGGCCGGCAUCUCAGCGAGACUCGCUCUUCUGGUCUCACAUACGUAAAGUACCGGAUGACAAGGACAGGGACAGUCAGGAUUUAUGGAUAGUGUGUAAUCACUCCACUGACAGUAGCGAGUUUCCGGCAAAUACCAGUAAAUGUGUACGGAUUUAUCUGACUGUGUGCCUAGUUUGCCAAACUUUGGUGGAUCCACCAAAGGAUGAUGCCAAGAUAACAAGGGAUAACAUUACAUGUAAAGUAACUUACUGUUCAGUAGUGAAUCCUGGAGGCUGGGCACCAGCAUCAGUGCUGAGGGCUGUAUACAAGCGGGAGUACCCAAAGUUCCUGAAACGUUUCACGUCGUAUGUCGCCGACCAGUGCAAAGAUAAACCUAUCAUGUUCUGAAUGUGAAACCAACAUAAAAAAGAAACAGAAUAUUUUGUUACGGUCUAGAGAGUUACAUAUUGUAAAUGCAUUAUAGAAGUUUACAUAAAUAUGUUACCUGCCAUAAAUAUAUUUUUUAAAAUAUCUUUUUUCUGCUUGUAUUUUUCUCAUGCUGUAUAGACACUUUUUUUUUCAUUUUGUAUCCCGUGUUAUUUAAAGAGGUACAUUUUUUCUGUCUGAGUUAAUUGUGUUGUUAAAGAACUUAUUGUAUUUAAAGUUACUGAGUCAUUUGGAUGGGCCAUCGAUUGGAAGAAAUGAAAUAUUUUGUUACUGUGCUGUUGCUGUACCUUGUGCCUUGCUUUCAUGCUGUUUAAUCUGUUGUGAACAUUGAUCUCUUCCAUUUACUUCAGUUCUACUUACUCUGUGCUCUUUCGGGUGUAUUAACUGAGAGAUACCAAAGAUGUCAAUUUAAGCAUUUACAGGUGUUUAUUUUCCACUUACUGAUAUCUACUUUUUUGAGACAUCUCGCAUUUAUUAGUAUAUAUUGUUAGAUUUUUUUGCAUAAGAACAUAAAAUUGUCACUUUCCACUUUAUUUAUUCCCUAUCUUAAAUUUAAAAAAAAACUUGUUGUCUGAGUGAUUGUUGGUAAAAAUUACCUUAAAAUGCACUUACAUUUUCUGAUUUGUUACUUUAGGCAUUUGGCUCUGAAAUAUCCCAUCGUGCACGCACAUUAAUUUAUAAUUGGUCAUAUUCUGUAUUUAUUAGUGUGUCAUUAUGUGAACUCACGUGGAAAAUAACAGGUUGAUUAAUUUCAGGCAGACAGCUUGCACAUACUUCUAUGCCAACAAAAUAAAUUAAAUUACGUUAAAAAAGGUGUAAAAUAUUUUUGCACAAGGGAAGUGUAUAGUCUUCCAUUUUGUGUAUAAAGAAUUGUAAACAAGUUAAAUGGUACAGUUGUUUAUAUUACUUACUUUAUGGAAUUACUUGUAUCUCGAUGUACAUAAUUGCAAUGAAAAUUUAUUGUAAAUGCCAUUAUAGCAGGACUGUUGUAAGUGAUUGUGGCAUUUCCCAGGGCAGGUGAUGUGUGAUGGAUGUAGUGGUUGCUACAACUUAAAAUGACAUUUGCUGAAGUGUUCUUCAGUUUGUUUCUAGAGUUUGGAAGAUGUUUUUUCUGAUUAUAAGGUUGGUCUUGGAUUGGCAUUUGCCAAUAAGAUUGUCACGUUGUCUACAUGUUGGUACAGAUUUGCAACUAAGCUUUGUGGGUAAAGUUAUUUUUGUAUGCCAUUUGGCAGUAUUAAAUGCAUAUGGUCUACUGACUGAUGUAAAUAAUGUACGAUGACAUAAUUAGAUCUUUGCCGUGCUGAAACAUACAUAUGUAUAAAUCUAGUCAGAAUAAUGUGAGGGACAGCACCUAUUUUUUCCCAUAAUUGUUUAUUCUUUGAUGAUUUUGUAGCAUAUUUCAGUGUUUGGAUUAAAUAAGUAGACACUUUAGUAUCAAAUCAACUUCAUGCAAUUUUUGCCAAAUUGUUCAUUUUUGUGUGGAAAUCUUGCGAUAUUAUGGAACAGUAAUUGUUUUAUGAAAUGUGGGUUUUUUUCUUUUUUAUAAAAAAGAUAUUUUUCUAUUAAACAACUGUUUACUGAA